AUUUAUUCGUAAUAUUAAUCGAGCCAAUCGAUAUUUUAAACGAUUGGGAUUUUUUUUCACCUUCAGCGCUUGUUUACUCCGCGUGACAGUUUUACAAAUGUAUCCAAUUAACGUCGCGUAAGCUGAGUCUGGACGGAAGCGUUGACGUGAUUUGGGGGUAGACAGACUGAAAAUUCUUAUGCAUUUACCGUGGUACCGUGGAAACGCAACAAUUACGCACAAGCUGCAAUAAAACCGUUCCUAUUGACAUGGCGAUGAGAUGAGAUCCAAUGACUUUUGGCCGUUACUGUGGAUAUGCAUAUUUCUUUGGUUCCACGCUCAUUCUAUCCGUAGUCAAACACCAACGCAAACUAUAAUCACAACAUGUCCAGCUCAGAUUUCUGAUCAGUCGUGUUCUUGUUACGACUUUCAGGACGGCAUUUUUCUCGAAUGUCCCGGAGCUACUGGAACAGGUGUGCGCAAUGCACUGUCCUCUGUAUCCGGAGGUUUGAUUCAGUCACUGAACAUCUACGACCUGGAACCCACCGUCUCUACCUUGUCCGCAGACCUAUUUCCUCCAAACACCAAACUCCGACAGCUUCAAAUAUCCCACUCUAAUCUGUCGAUAAUCACAGAAGAUGGGUUGAACAACAUUAAAAACUUAGAGUCUUUUGCAAUGUUAUCGGGUAAACUACGAGAAAUACCGCAAAAAACUUUUACCAGUUUGACGCUAUUGAAGACAAUUGAUAUUGAAUCCAAUGAUAUCGCCGAACUGGGUAGUUAUGCAUUCUCUGGUUUGCAAUUAAUCAAAAUCAACCUCAAGGGUAACUCAAUUCUCAAAAUAUCAGAAUAUUCAUUUGCUGGUUUAGAAACAAGUCUCACCGAACUUGAUCUGUCUGAUAAUAAGAUAAAAACGUUUCCGACGUCCGCCGUCAGACGGUUAGAACGUCUCAUGUCCUUAAGAAUCGCAUGGAACGAAAUAGCGUCGAUUCACGACGACCGUUAUUCAUAUAUGAAAAGUCUAGUGCAGCUAGACCUGAGUUCCAAUAAUUUUGAAUCAGUUCCUGAGGAUGCAUUCCGUUUAUUUCCUAAGCUCAAGAUGCUGUCUCUUUACUACAAUUCAAUUGAAAGCAUACACAAACGAGGUUUUAGCACGCUGAUCGAACUUGAAACUAUCGACAUUAGUCGCAACAAAAUAGUAUUCAUGGAUUUUAGCACAUUCAAAUGCAACAUUCACUUACGGACUAUAGACUUAAGCCAUAAUCAUAUUCAUUAUAUUAGCGGUUUGUUUGCUAAUCUUCCCGAGCUCAGAGAACUAUUUCUUUCUGAAAACAAUAUACUAGAGAUUUCAGGUGACUCGUUUUCCAAUUCUCCUAAGUUAUCGGUAAUAUACAUUCAGCAAAAUGCUAUUAGAAUAAUCGAAUCUGGUGCUUUUUCAAGUUCACCCGAACUAAUGCAAUUGUAUUUAAGUGACAAUUAUAUAGAAACCAUAGAUGCCAAUGUAUUUUUUCAUUGUAAUAAACUCACAUCAUUGAGUUUGGAUAACAAUCGUAUUGCUAAAAUCGAAAACGGUGCGUUACGAAACAAUUAUCAACUCAAAGAACUCAGACUGCAAAAUAACAAACUAUCAAAAAUAUUACAAACACAAUUCGAAACGUUACCUGAAUUGUUGGAAUUACAUUUACAAAACAACGCAAUAAUGGAAAUUGAACCUGGUGCAUUCAAAACGCUCAAAAGUCUACAACAUAUUAAUCUCCAAAACAAUGUCCUCACUCAUUUAGGUGACGUAUUUCUACAUGAUGCACCAUCAUUAGUGUCAAUACAAAUCGAUUCUAACGUGUUAGCAAGUUUAAAUAACAAGACACUGCAUGGUCAAUCCAAUCUAAAAGUAAUGUGGCUGAGUCACAACAAACUAAACAAAUUGGAUAAAUCCCUAUUUGCUGACCUAUAUCAAGUACAAAGGAUUUACUUGAACAAUAAUUCCAUUGAGAAUAUCGAAGUUGGAACAUUUGAAUCAAUGCAAGCGUUGGUAUUUCUGGAUCUUAGUUUUAAUCAGUUGCAAGAAAUAACUUCUAAAACAUUUGCUGAACUCAGGGGUUUGAAUGAACUGCACCUCACGGAUAAUCGUAUAUCUCGGAUAGACGCAAAUUCGUUCGCGGCGCUGAAAAAAUUAACGGUUCUUAACUUGUCCAAUAAUCCGCUUACGAAAUUACAUAAGUACAUGUUUCAAAAAGAUUUACCCAUUCAAACUUUAUAUCUCAACAAUUGUUCUUUAAGAACCAUUGAUAACGGAACAUUUUCCAACUUGAACGUUCUUAACGAACUUCACCUGAAACAAAACUACUUAUUUGCCGAUGCGUUACUCCAAGUGGAUGUGCCUACGUUGACUGUAUUGGACAUAUCUUACAACAAUUUAGAUGGUCUUAAUUCAACUGUCUUAAAGUAUCUACCAAACGUAAAGCACGUGUAUUUAGACAAUUGUAAUAUAGGUCAAAUUUUUGCCAUGACAUUCAAAUUUAAUCUUGAAGUAUUUAUGAUGUCUUUAUCGAACAAUAAACUGACAGCUCUACCUGCAGAUUUGUUCAAAAGACAGACCAAUUUAAAAACUCUAAUUUUGGAUGGGAACGACUUUAACACCAUGCCUUAUGCUACAUUGGCGAAUUGUGAAAAUCUACAAAAACUAUCUGUAGCCAGAAAUAUGUUAACCGAAUUAGAUAUGACAAAACUGACUAAUAUGAAAAAUCUUCAAAGCCUUUCAAUUUCUGAAAACCGAGUUCAAAUACUUGCUGGGUUUCCAUCUUCAUACUUCACGCUUUUAACCGAUUUGAAUUUGUCAAACAACAUACUAUCAUCAUUACCACUAAACUUUUUUCAAUCACUAGAACAUUUAGAUAUGUCCAAUAAUCAUUUCAAUAAAGUACCUCAGCUUACCAAAAAUCUUCAGUUCUUGAAUCUUACUAAUAACCCAUUGGGCCAAAUACAUGAAACAACAAAACUCAUGACAAUCGAGCACAUUGACUUAGAAGAACUCCACAUAAGUGGAACGAAUUUAUCGGUACUAGCAAGUAAUGAUUUCUUGUCGCUCACCAAUCUUCAUCGUUUGUACAUAUCUAAUAAUAAAAUAUCAAAAAUAUCUCCUGGUACGUUCAGCGUUCUCGAAGAACUACACACGCUUGACUUAAGUAAUAAUCGUAUGGAAUUUCUACCCCAAGAAAGACUACAGGGAUUAUCACAUCUCCGGUUGUUGAAUUUGUCUCAGAAUUCAUUAAAAGAAAUCGAAGACCUUUCCUCUGACUUGAUAUCACUGCAGGUGCUCGAUAUUUCAUAUAACCAACUGGAAAAAAUCAGCAAAGGUUUGUUCCGAAACUUGGAAAGCUUAGCUGAACUAUAUCUAUAUGGAAAUUGGCUAUCAUUUAUAUCUCCAGACGCAUUUCGAUCGUUAAAAAAACUCAAGAUAUUAGAUUUGGGUAAAAAUAAUUUCAAAAACUUGCCAAUAAAUGCUCUUAGACCGUUGGAAACACAAAUAAAAAGUUUGCGUACAGAAGAAAAUCCAAUUAACUGUGAUUGUGAACAACAAGAGCUAUGGGAAUGGAUAAGAGAUCACCAAAAGUUAAUGUCCGAUCUAAGCACGAAAGGCUUGAUCUGCCACCACCCUCCGGAACUCAAGGGCCAACAAUUUAUAGAACUUGAGCCUCCUGCGUUUUGUGCCAUGCCCGUCGUACUCAAACUCGCUAUUCAAGACAUUCAACCAUAUUCAAUCUUCGUGUCAUGGAAAGGUCGAAAUCACACGGGCCUUCACGGUUACAGAGUAGCGUAUUAUCCAAUUGAAGAUCCGGAUUAUCCGGCAGCGGCAAUUUCAUCGGUUGCAGUUAUUCCAAAUAUCAUGAACAAAUUUCUCGAUAAAAACACUCAGACUACUCUCUUGGACAACCUUAAACCAGAAACCCGGUACUUGGUAUGUGUGUUAGGUUUGGGCAAUUGGAUACCGAUGAACAUCUCACACCAUCUGCAGAACGAUGCUCAAAGUAGUCGUUGUACCGAAGUGAAAACACUAGAAGGUGACAUAGCGUAUUACUCCGAUGAACAUCACAAGAGCUCAAUACUGACCAGACGGUUAGGUCUAAUUAUCGGUAGCUGUUUGGGCUGUGUCGUGUUUAUAGUGUUGGUAUCUGUACUUGGAUAUCUGAAAAUAAAAAAACAAAGAGAAGACACGAAAAGAGAACAACCACUUCCUCCCGAGUAUCUAUCGUACAGGCAUUUUUCUUUGCAUACCACUGACCCAAUUGUCGCCGCUCCCGCAUUGAGUCAAAUUGGUCCGAUUACUACUGUACAUUAAACGACAUUUUGUUUUGAUAUUAUUAUUAUUAUUAUUAUUAUUAAUAUUAUUAUUGUUAUUAUUGAGUGGUACUAUGAUAUCAUGUUUGAUCCCAUAGUAAAAUGUUAAAAAAAACAUACCUAUAACAUGAUGUACCUUAAUAAGAUUAAC